AGGAAAGGGGCGCCCUUCGGUUGUGUGCAGCUUCCUGCCGCUGAAGAUGGGCAAGAAAGAUAAGAAGAUGGUGCCGGCGUUGGCAGAUUCUUCCAUUGGCUUAGACGGUGCCGCUGCACUUGAAAAGGCGAAGAAGAGAAAGAAGGACGGCGUCGAGAGUUUGGAACAAGGGGCUGAGGCCAAGAAGUUAAAGAUGAGCAUUGAAGAUGGAUUCGAAGGAGGAGUGGUGAAGAAAGAAAAGAAGCAGAAGAAGAACAAGGGGCUUGAUGUGAACGAGGAAGAGCCUAGUAGUAGUGCCGUGGUGGAAGAGGCAGGAGAGGUGGAAAAUAUAGAAAGGAAGAAGAAGAAAAAGAAGAAGGGGCUGAACGUGGAGGAAGUGGUGGUCAAUGUACUGGAGCCUAAUGGUGCCGUGUCGGCUGGACAGGACACGAACGGAAAGCAGAAAAAAAAGGAAAAGAAGGCGAAGCAAACAGGCGGUGAGAUCGGGGGUGAUGUGGCUGAGAUAGAGAGUGGGGCGGAUCACAAAGAAGAAGCUGGCAGUAAGAAGAAGAAGGCAAAGAAAGAGAAGAAUGGGCUGGUGGAGGAGACUAUGGCAAAUGAAGUCUUUGAGAAGAAGAAGAAGAAGGACAAGGGGGCGAACGGGAGUGUUGGGGUUUCCAGUGAAGGGGGAGAUCUGGGUUCGGCGAGGGCAGCAUUGAAUAUGGUGGUCACGGGGAGGGAUGCAAACACCGCAAAGUUCCGGCCGCUGCAAACGUUUGACGAAGCGAACCUCCCCGAGGUUUUACUCCACGGCUGUGCCGGCUUCGCCUCCCCCUCCCCCAUCCAGGCGCAGGCCUGGCCGAUCGCCCUUGCCGGGCGAGAUCUCAUCGGGAUUGCCAAGACAGGCUCUGGGAAGACGAUAGCAUUCGCCGUCCCUGCUCUUUCUCACAUCACUAAGCUCGGAAAGCCGCCCAAGUCGCCCGCGUGCCUGGUGCUCGCGCCCACUAGGGAGCUCGCAAUCCAGAUUGCGGAGGUGUUCGAGAACGCUGGCAAGCGGUGCGGCGUCAAGACCGUGUGCGUCUACGGGGGGGUCCCUAAGGGCCCGCAAAAAGCGGCGAUUCGGGCAGGGGCGACCGUCGUGGUUGCGACACCUGGCAGGCUGCAGGAUCUGGUCGAUGAAGGCGCGUGCGCCAUCGGGCAGUGCGGCAUGCUUGUCCUCGACGAGGCGGAUAGGAUGCUGGACCUGGGAUUCGAGCCGGCGAUUCGGAAGAUCAUUGGGCUGCUGCCGAAAGCCCACCAGACGUCCAUGUUCAGUGCCACGUGGCCCCCCGAGGUGGCCAAGCUGGCCGCCGAGUUCCUGAGGGAUCCCCUCAAGAUCACCAUCGGGUCUGAGGACCUGACGGCUAACCACGACGUAACCCAAAUUGUGGAGGUGUGCGAGCCGACGGGGAGGGAACCGAAGCUGGAGCAACUGCUGAGAAAGUACCAUGCGGACAGAAAGACGCGCGUGCUCGUGUUCGUUCUCUACAAAAAGGAGGCCGCCCAAAUGGAGACCUACCUGACGCGCAAGGGCUGGAAAGCGGUGGCAAUCCACGGGGACAAGGGUCAAGCAGACCGGUCCAGUGCUCUCCAACAUUUUCGGGACGGCACCAUCCCCCUGCUGAUUGCGACUGACGUGGCGGCCCGUGGGCUCGACAUCCCGAACGUGGAGUACGUCAUCAACUACAGCUUCCCGCUCACGGCCGAGGAUUACGUGCACCGCAUCGGGCGGACGGGGCGCGCCGGGAAGAAGGGUAUCGCGCACACGUUUUUCACGGUGAACGACAAAGCGCGCGCGGGGGAGCUGCAGAACAUUCUGCGGGAGGCGGGGCAACCGGUGCCCGAGGCGCUAACCGCCUUCGGGACGACGGUCAAGAAGAAGGAAUCCAAGCUCUACGGGGCUCACUUCCGAGAGGUUGACCUGGACGCAAAGGCGACGAAGAUAUCGUUCGACAGUGACGACGAGUAGGUUUAUCUUUGACAAUUAUUGGAUUAUAUAACUCUAUGAAGAUUUGAGUUUGUAAGGAAAGGUACCUGGAAUAAAAG